AUGAGCUUGUUUCCCGAUUUCUCUGUAAGUGUACGUCUCCAGCGCCUGCAGCUAGCUGUCAGUACCGCGAACACCUGCUACUAUGCCAAUCUGGGUAAUCCCACCCAAACCACCAGACCUGCGGAUCCCAUCAAUUCACUCAACCCCACAAAUCCUUUCAACCGCAGUCAACCUGCCAACCCCGCUAAUCCCGCCAUGUCUGACCUGCAUUUGGUGGGAUACGGUCACCCGGUGGGACCCGCACUAGGGGGACUUGAAAGCCUGUGGGUAAUGAUCUACAUGAAGAGAAGCCCACGUCCUCAUCAGGCUUCCCCGGUCAACAAGCGGAGCGAGGACUUUACGCCCGUCUUCGUCGGGCAUGUACAACUGUACGCCGUGGCAGACAAAUACAACAUCCAUACCCUGCGCCGUGCAGUCCUUGCCAACAUAAACGAGACUCUGAGCGCCUACAAGAUGUAUUAUGAGGCUGUGGAGGCACUCAUUGAGUUUGUUCCAUACGCCUAUGCAAACACCCGUCCAGUGUACAGCAAGAUUGAUGACCUCCGGGAUCUUGUUGUGCGUUACGUUAUCUCGAAUCUCGGGGAUCUAGGUGGCCAUCGCCAGUUCAAGAAAUUGUUGCACAAUGGCGGUGACUUUGUCACUGACUCCUGGCAGCUCACAUGGCACGGAACUCACGAGUGGAUGAGUUGA